AUGUCAUCAACUACAUUAGAAGACUCAAUAAGUGAGUCGACACAAACCACAAGUGUUUCUGAAUCAACACCAUCACCUACCACAGAAGGAACAAGUACUUCAGAAGUUACCUCAUCCACAACAGGAAUAUCAUCAACUACAGUAGAAGACUCAACAAGUGACCAGACACAAACCACAAGUGUUUCUGAAUCAACACCAUCACCUACCACAGAAGGAACGAGUACUUCAGAAGUUACCUUAUCCACAACAGGAAUAUCAUCAACUACAGUAGAAGACUCAACAAGUGACCAGACACAAACCACAAGUGUUUCUGAAUCUUCACCAUCACCUACCACAGAAGGAAUGAGUACUUCAGAAGUUACCUUAUCCACAACAGGAAUAUCAUCAACUACAGUAGAAGACUCAACAAGUGACCAGACACAAACCACAAGUGUUUCUGAAUCAACACCAUCACCUACCACAGAAGGAACGAGUACUUCAGAAGUUACCUCAUUCACAACAGGAAUAUCAUCAACUACAGUAGAAGACUCAACAAGUGACCAGACACAAACCACAAGUGUUUCUGAAUCAACACCAUCACCUUCCACAGAAGGAAUGAGUACUUCAGAAUUUACCUUAUCCACAACAGGAAUAUCAACAACUACAGUAGAAGACUCAACAAGUGAUCAGACACAAACCACAAUUGUUUCUGAAUCAACACGAUCACCUACCACAAAAGGAAUGAGUACUUCAGAAUUUACCUUAUCCACAACAGGAAUAUCAACAACUACAGUAGAAGACCCAACAAGUGAUCAGACACAAACCACAAGUGUUUCUGAAUCAACACCAUCACCUACCACAGAAGGAAUGAGUACUUCAGAAGUUACCUCAUCCACAACAGGAAUAUCAUCAACUACAGUAGAAGGCUCAACAAGUGAGCAGACACAAACCACAAGUGUUUCUGAAUCUUCACCAUCACCUACCACAGACAGAACGAGUACUUCAGAAGUUACCUUAUCCACAACAGGAAUAUCAUCAACUACAGUAAAAGACCCAACAAGCGAGUCGACACAAACCACAAUUGUUUCUGAAAAUUCACCAUCACCUACCACAGAAGGAACGAGUACUUCAGAAGUUACCUCAUUCACAACAGGAAUAUCAUCAACUACAGUAAAAGACUCAACAAGUGAGCAGACACAAACCGCAAGUGUUUCUGAAUCAACACCAUCACCUACCACAGAAGGAACGAGUACUUCAGAAGUUACCUCAUUCACAACAGGAAUAUCAUCAACUACAGUAGAAGACUCAACAAGUGACCAGACACAAACCACAAGUGUUUCUGAAUCAACACCAUCACCUUCCACAGAAGGAAUGAGUACUUCAGAAUUUACCUUAUCCACAACAGGAAUAUCAACAACUACAGUAGAAGACUCAACAAGUGAUCAGACACAAACCACAAUUGUUUCUGAAUCAACACCAUCACCUUCCACAGAAGGAAUGAGUACUUCAGAAUUUACCUUAUCCACAACAGGAAUAUCAACAACUACAGUAGAAGACUCAACAAGUGAUCAGACACAAACCACAAGUGUUUCUGAAUCUUCACCAUCACCUACCACAGAAGGAACGAGUACUUCAGAAGUUACCUUAUCCACAACAGGAAUAUCAUCAACUACAGUAGAAGGCUCAACAAGUGACCAGACACAAACCACAAGUGUUUCUGAAUCUUCACCAUCACCUACCACAGAAGGAACGAGUACUUCAGAAGUUACCUUAUCCACAACAGGAAUAUCAUCAACUACAGUAAAAGACCCAACAAGCGAGUCGACACAAACCACAAUUGUUUCCGAAAAUUCACCAUCACCUACCACAGAAGGAACGAGUACUUCAGAAGUUACCUUAUCCACCACAGGAAUAUCAUCAACUACAGUAGAAGACUCAACAAGCGAGUCGACACAAACCACAAGUGUUUCUGAAUCAACACCAUCAUCUACCACAGAAGGAACGACUACUUCAGAAGCUAUCUCAUCCACAACAGGAACAUCAUCAACUACAGUAGAAGACUCAACAAGCAAGCAGACACAAACCACUGGCUCCUUUGAACCUUCACCGUCACCUACCACAGAUGGAACGAGUACAUCAGAAGUGACCUCAUCCACAACAGGAAUAUCAUCAACUACAGUAGAAGAGUCAACAAGUGAGUCGACACAAACCACAAGUUUUUCUGAAUCAACACCAUCACCUACCACAAAAGGAACGAGUACUUCAGAAGUUACCUCAUCCACAACAGGAAUAUUAUCAACUACAGUAGAAGAGUCAACAAGUGAGCAGACAGAAACCACAAGUGUUUCUGAAUCUUCACCAUCACCUAUCACCGAAGGAUUAAAUGUUUCUGAAUCUUCACCAUCACCUACCACACAAGAAACGACUACUUCAGAAGUUACCUCAUCCACAACAGGAACAUCAUCAACUACAAAAGAAAACUCAUCAAGCAUGCAGACACAAACCACAGGCUCCUUUGAACCUUCACCAUCACCUACCACAGAUGGAACGAGUACAUCAGAAGUUACCUCAUCCACAACAGGAAUAUCAUCAACUACAGUAGAAGACUCAACAAGCAUGCAGACACAAACCACAAGUGUUUCUGAAUCAACACCAUCACCUACCACAGAAGUAACGAGUACUUCAGAAGUUACCUCAUCCACAACAGGAACAUCAUCAACUACAAUAGAAAACUCAUCAAGCAUGCAGACACAAACCACAGGCUCCUCUGAAUCUUCACCAUCACCUACCACAGAAGGAACAAGUACUUCAGAAGUUACCUCAUCCACAACAGGAACAUCAUCAACUACAGUAGAAAACUCAUCAAGCAAGCAGACACAAACCACAGGCUCAUCUGAAUCUUCACCAUCAUCUACGACAGAGGGAAUAAGAACAUCUAAAGUUACCCUAUUUACAGAAAUAUCAACUUCAAUUUCAACAGUUCAAACGUGUGUAUGUGACUGUAAUGGUUCCCCAUGCUUCUUCAAUCAGACAAUUGGAAAAUGUCAAUGUCAGUGCAAACCCUCUACUUUCGGGGAUAAAUGCAAUUUUGUAAAUGGUUCUUCCCCAGCUGAUUUAUCUGGAAACACUCCCACAAGGAAGGCAAAGAUCUCUCUUAGACUUAUGAUGGACUUUCUUCCAGAGUAUGGAAAUGUAAAUUCUCCUCAAUACAAAAAUCUAACUUCCAUUUUAAAACGUGAGAUUUCAAUUCUCUGCAGAAGAGCAUAUGACCGAAACUUCAAAGAUGUAAAUAUUACAAAUCUACGGCCAGGAAGUGUUAUUGCUGACAGUAUUGCUGAAUACAACUAUCCCAACAAUAACACACAAAUUCAGUUUUUAAACAAUGGUCUGGUAAAGGAACUGGAACGCAUCUUUAAUGAUUCAGAAUCUUUUAAAAAUCUCUCUGCUGCUCUCGGCAAUGUUUCCAUUGAGAAUCCAAAUAUUACCAUGGAGACACCUGAAAUAUUUAAUAUUACAGAUUUACAGGAAUAUGUGAGGUGCACUGAGGGAUUUGCAAACUUUACAGCAGAGCUUGUAGAUGAUGAAUGGGUAUGUGUGGGACCGUGUGAAAAAGAUCCGAAUUACUGCAGUAAACGUGGUCAAUGCUUCAAUGGGAUAAAUGGAUCACAAUGCCAGUGUGAUCGAUCAAACUUUGAGGAGUACUAUGGAACCAACUGUGAGCUUUACCGCAGAGGAGCCGCUUUCUAUGCUGCUCUGUUUGGGAGUUUAGCAGCUUUUAUUGUGAUUGUCAUUGUUGUGAUUGUUGUGGUUGUUGUGCUUCGGUUUAGAUCCAGCAGCAGGGUUCAUUCUAAAGAAGGUUCGAUUUCACAUUACGAGAACAUGCCUUAUCAAGAAAAUGCACCUGUAAGAGCAAUAUGAUUUAUGGAUGUGAGGAGAGAUGAAGAAUAUUUACCUGCUGUUUUGGAGAUUGUCGACAUUAUAAUCUUAAAGAUGCUUGCUUUUAUUGAACAUUUUUUGAAUUUCUAAAAUGAUUGUUUGGAUUGAGCGAUCUCAUCCCCCAAUUUUGCUAUAGGUAAACAAUAAAAAAACUAGUGUGCUUUUAGCUUAUGAUGGCAGUCUAAUAGAUUAACAUUUUGAUAAACUCUCACUGUUAAACUUUUAAAAAAAUAAAGAAAUAAGGAAUGCAUUUCUUUACAAAUAUUUAUGUUUACAUUGAAACAUAAUCUUGCAAAAUCAUGUUUUUACAUUGUAGAAAACUUUACAUUGUUUUUGUCUUUAUUUUUUUAUCAAAUAUGCUGUAGAAGUCCAUUUAACUUACUAUUUUCAUUGAUGACUUGCUGUAAAUUAUAAAAAAAGUUAAAAUUGAUUGAAUUAUAUUAUUGAGUUAAAAGACAUGUUUCCAUGAAUUACUAAUCACAUAAUGUUUUACAGUGUUGCUUGUUGCUACUGAAUCAUUUAUUUGUUACAAAACAGAAUCAUUUUCUUGUCUUUAUAUGGAGUAUAAUAUUAGCAACACAUUUCUUCUUGUUUUCUUUUUUUUACUUGUAUUAUAAUUUAUAAGCAAAUAGCUGUACUGAAUCCACCAUUAAACCUUUAAAAUGUAAACAGAGAUGGCUGUAUUGAUCUGUGUGAUUUUCACAGUUAUUGUAAGGCAAGAAGGACAGUUUUUAUAAUAGUUUAAUAAGAACACUUGCAGUAACAGUCUAUUGUGACUAGGGGGCACCAGUGAUGCAUUUAUAUUCAUGUUAGUCCUCUCCUCAUCAUAGGUUUCUCAUUACGUCAUCACUUUUGUUGUAGGUAAUAUACAUGAAAAAAUUUAAAAGUGUAUUUUAUUAUAAAUUACCAUCUGUACUGUGUUGAUUUGUAGUGUGGUGAAAUUAAAAAUGCUUUGUUGUUUUACACAAAUUUUCCAAUAAAUUAUAUUUCUUUAAAACACUUCA